GUUCCCGGCGCCACGGACGACGACGGAAGGCAGCUGCAGCAGUGGCAGAUCGCGGUGGUGGUCCCACCAAAUCAGCAGGGCGGUGGCUAUCCUCAAGGGGGAUAUCCUCCUCCUCAGGGCGGCUACCCACCCCAGGGUGGCUACCCAUCGCAGCCUGGACAAGGCGGCUAUCCCCAGCAGCCUGGUCAGCAACCCGGCCAGCAGCUAGGAGGCCAACAACCGGCUGACACUUCAGGCCAGUAUCCGCAGCAGCCCGGACAAGGUGGACAGUAUCCUCAGCAGCCAGGUCAAGGUGGACAGUAUCCUCAGCAGCCUGGCCAAGGCGGACAGUAUCCCCAACAGCCAGGUCAAGGCGGACAAUAUCCUCAGCAACCCGGCCAAGGCGGUCAAUAUCCUCAGCAACCCGGCCAAGGCGGUCAAUAUCCUCAGCAACCCGGCCAAGGCGGACAAUACCCUCCCCAAGGUGGCUAUCCUCCCCAGCAAGGUAGCUAUCCUCCUCAACAACCUCCUCCAGGCAACAUCUGGAUCCAGGUUCCUAUCCAAGGACAAGGUCCUCAGCAGCCCAGCUACCCUCCGCCUCAACAGCCCAGCUACCCCCCUCCUCAGCAGCCUAGCUACCCCCCUCCUCAGCAGCCUAGCUACCCCCCUCCUCAGCAGCCUAGCUAUCCUCCUCCUCAGCAGCCCAGCUAUCCCCCUCCCGAGCAGCCCAGCUACCCCCCUCCGCCGCCGCCCGCAGAGUACCCCGCCCCGCCCCCCGACAACGAGCUGCCCGCCGGCGACUCCGACUCGCCGUCGAUGGCGGCGCUGCGCAAGAUGUGCAAGAGCCCGCGCGGCCAGUUCCCCAGCGACAACUCCUGCAACCGCUUCGUCAACUGCUGGGACGACACCGUCGUCGAGCAGACCUGCCCGUCCGGGCUGUACUUCAGCGACGAGAAGGGCUACUGCGACUUCCCGCAUAACGUGGAGUGCGGGCAGCGCAGCCAAGACAAGCCGCAGCCUGUGAGUUCGGAGUGCCCCACGCCCUACGGAACCUACCGCAGCAACAUCAACUGCAGCGCCUUCGUCGUGUGCGACGGCGGCCGCGCCAUCAACUUCAACUGCCCACGUGGUCUCGACUUUAACGACUCUAUAACGCUGGAACAUCUUGCUACCACCGCAAGGUCUACAAGCUCAACAAGCAGUGCACAUCGGUAUCGUUCUGUCGCCGAGGAUACACCAACAUCAUCUCUUGCCCCAAUGGCUACGCUUUCGAUACUUACUACGGCCGCUGCCUGCCGUACGGCCGUGCACGAUGGCCGCGAUAUGGGAGGGGCAGCGGCGGGCGAGCUGGAUAAGGCAGAGGGCAAGGGGGAAGCGAAGGGGCAGGAUAGCCAGAGGGGACGG